CGAUCGAUUUGCUGAUGCGAUCGUGGGCGUCUAUCUCUGGGUCCGGAUCAUUUCAGUCGUUCGAUAUUUUUUCACGCGAGCUCGGUCGUUGGAUAUUUUUCAGGAUUUGGGUGGGGGUAGUUUUGGGAUUUCGCAUGGUGGCUUAGGGUUUGACAGGAGAGGGCUUGGCCUCUUCUUUUUUUUGCGAAAAGGACCCUAGCAUUAAAAGAAAUACCAGACAGUACAAAGCACCUCAACAAAAACGAAAAUUACAAUGGAAUCCUUGAGAUGCCCUUCGUCUUCAACCCCCAGACCAUGUCGACGGUGCGCCGACACUGCCACUCCUCCCUGAGCCGUCCUGACGUUGUUGGAUGCGGAUGGGAAGCGCCGAAAGGGUCAAGAAGACCACAUCUGUCCCGAAGAUGACGAAGGAGGAAGAACCGCCGAUGAAGCUCCUUGACGAUCCACAGAUCCCUACGGCCAGAAGAAGUCCUCAAGAACCACACAAAUCCCACAAGCUUCUCGACGUCGUCGCCAAGAUGGGGCUGAAGCCGUGGAGAUUUUAUUGGACAAGAUGCCACCACCACCACCUGAGUGUCGUCCCACCAAACAUUAACCCUAAAACCAGGAAAAUGGAGCCCUCCCGAGACGGGGGCCGAGAUCCACCCGGCCUCCAUGGCCCGAAGGCCACAUAAGUGAGGUAGAUCGGCGGCGGCGCCAACGGGAGGCGAGGGAACCCUAAUCACCCGUGCACUCUUUCUCUCUCUGAUGUGGCCUCUAAGCGGGUGAAAACCCUAGCCGCCACUCCUCAUCGUGCCCUUUCGCUCCUUGCAGUGCCGCCGCGCUUCCAUCUCCUUCUCUCCCCUUUCCUCUAUAAGAAAAAGGUUCAUGUUAUUAUGUUGCUGGCCUCCAUAAAAGUUUGAUCUACCUUAUUUUGACAUAUUUUUGUUCUACCUUGGUAUGCAUUGUACCAUACAAUUGUGUUAAACUAUUACAUAAAUAGCAUGCAUGUGCUCAAACCAUUUCAGCUUAAUUUACAUGUAUUGAUGUCAUCUUUCUUCUCACGUAUCAAAAAGUGCACUAGCUAGAAUUUACUUGUUUCUCACAUACAUAUGCACAAAAAGUCAUAUGUGUUUAUAUUAUGUCCCUUUUCACUAACAAGAUUUUGCUACGAUGUUCUUCUUAUUUUUCAAUAGUCAUUGGCGUUUAGAUACCCUUAUGAUUUAACAAGAGUUCUGGAGUUCGGUUGCACCACUGAAAGUUUUGAUCUUUUCCAAGUUUCUUGCAUUUUGUUUAAAACACAACUCAUGUAUCUUAUGUGAAUUGAAGAAUAUUAUUCUACAUAUACAUAUUCAUUAAGACCAGAUGACCAAUCAUGUACACAAAAAGUCCAUUGUUAGUUUCAUUUUUUCAUUAAGUGUUUUCAUAGUAUAUGUUUCGUGAUGUUUCACAACAUUAAUUUAAUUUGUUCCACUGAAAAACUUAUUCAGUUUCAUGAUUGAAUAAUGUCUUUUUGUAUCUUGAGUUUCAGUAGGCAAUAAACUGAACCCUGCCAUGGAGGCAUGGACAAUUGCUAUUGUUGUGUGAAAGGAAGGAUUAUAUACCAAAUGCAGAUAUACAUAGUGGCCAGAUAACCAAUGUUGCCCAGUUUUUUUAGCAUCAGUGACAUCUUUUUUUGUUCACUAUCUUCGUGUUGUAUGCUUUGGAAGCAUCACCUACAGAGGAAGGUCUCAUCACCACUACUGGCUAAAAAUGGAGCUUCUUAAAAAAAUUCUAUUGGUGAACCAAAGGUAGGUAACCAGAGAUAGAUGAACCAUAAUCCAGUAUUGUAGCUCGGAAUCACUUGGAACAUGUUUCCAUAUCUGUUUGCAGAUAGGCCAAUCAACUUAUGAAGGAGGGGUCCAAAGAGUGGGAUACAGAGCUUGUAAACCAAAUCUUUCAUCCUUUCGAUGCCGAGGAAAUAUGCAAAAUCUAUACGCCAACCAGUACCACCGAGGGCUGCAUUGUGUGGCACUAUGACAAGUCAUGUAGUUUCAUGCUCAAGAGUGCAAACAACCUUGCGUUGCAGGGGCGAACUCAUGGAAUUUUUGCCGCCUCGAGUUCGUGUGGAAAGGCAUAUGUUUGCAGCAUUUGGGAUGUCAUAUGGAAAUUCAAGGCGUCGGAGAAAAUCAUAAUUUUGGGAUUGGAGGGUAGCAACUAAUACUUUAGCUACCAAACACAAUAAACCGAAGAGAACAUUAGAACUUGCUGAUGUUUGGACUAUUUGUGGCGAUGCUUCAGAAGAUGAAUAUCAUGCAGUUGUGGCAUGCACUAAAAGCAGAGCCUUUGACAACUGACAAUGGAAAGACCGAAAGAGGCAUCUACCGGAGCUGCAGCUCGGAAUCACUCGGAAACGGCGACGCUUGGGCCUGGGCCUGGGCCGGGCCUUAAUGCUCCCUCCCGUUCUACGGCAAACCCCCCGUACGCCGCCCGUAAUGCGCCUCCCGUUCAGACCCACCGUGGCCGUAGCCAAUGCCGACGCCGUCCUCCCCCGCGUCGGCCCCGUCGCCGGCUUCGGCGCCGCCACGCCGCCGGACGCCCGCAUGGUCAAGACGGGCUUCGACCCGGCCGCCUACCGCCUCAACCUCCACCUCCAGUCGCUCAUCUCCUCCGGCCGCCUCGCGCAGGCCCGCGCCCUGUUCGACCAAAUGCCCCACACCAAGAACGCCUUCUCCCUCAACCGCAUGCUCUCCGGCUACUCCAGGUCGGGGCAGCUGGCCGCUGCGCACCAGCUCUUCCUCUCCUCCCCGCCCCGCCUCCGCGAGGCCGUCACCUGGACCAUCAUGAUGGCCACCUUCGCCGCCGCCCCCGGCCGCGCCGCUGACGCCCUGGCUCUCUUCCGCGACAUGCUCAGGGAGGGCGUCGCCCCAGACCGCGUCACCGUGUCCACCGUGCUCAACGUGCCCGCCUCUGGCACCGUGACCGCGUCGCUCCACCCUUUCACCGUCAAGCUCGGCCUCCUCCGCUCCAGCGUCGUCGUCUGCAACACGCUGCUGGACGCCUACUGCAAGCAUGGCCUCCUUGCUGCCGGCAUGAGAGUGUUCCAGGAGAUGCCGCACAGGGACUCCGUCACCUACAAUGCCAUGAUGAUGGGGUGCUCCAAGGAGGGGCUGCACAGGGAAGCACUGGGCCUAUUUACUGAUAUGCGCCGCGCGGGUCUUGACGCCAGCCAGUUCACCUUCUCCAGCAUGCUCACCGUAGCCACAGGCAUGGGUGAUCUCCACCUCGGGCGCCAGGUCCACGGCCUCGUGGCCAGAGCCACCUCGGUGCACAACGUGUUUGUCAAGAACUCGUUGCUGGAUUUCUACUCCAAAUGCGACUGCCUUGCUGAGAUGGAGAAGCUGUUCGACGAGAUGCCAGAGCGCGACAAUGUCUCAUAUAAUGUCAUGAUCUCAGGCUAUGCUUGGAACCGGUGCGCUAGCAGAGCGCUGCGGCUGUUCAGAGAGAUGCAGAUACUCUGUUUCGACAGGCAGGCCUUACCUUAUGCUAGUUUGCUGAGUGUUGCUGGCUCACUGCCUCACAUUGGGAUUGGGAAGCAAAUACAUGCUCAGCUGGUCCUUCUUGGCCUUUCUUCGGAGGAUCUUGCGGGCAACGCCCUGAUUGACAUGUAUUCAAAAUGUGGGAUGUUGGAUGCUGCAAAGACCAAUUUUCUCAACAAGAAUGACAAGACAGGCGUUUCAUGGACAGCAAUGAUAACUGGGUAUGUCCAGAAUGGGCAGCUGGAGGAAGCGCUGCGGUUAUUCUGUGACAUGAGAAGAGCUGGUCUGAGCCCGGACAGGGCGACAUUUUCAAGCAUCAUUAAGGCGUCCUCAAGCCUGGCAAUGAUCGGGUUAGGGAGGCAGUUGCAUUCUUACACCAUCAGAUCAGGCCACAUCUCCAGUGUGUUCUCAGGAAGUGCCCUUCUUGACAUGUACGCAAAGUGUGGCUGUUUGGAUGAGGCGCUCCAAACAUUUGAUGAGAUGCCUGAGAGGAAUUCGAUCUCGUGGAAUGCUGUUAUUUCAGCCUACGCGCACUACGGGCAGGCAAAGAACGCCAUCAAGGUGUUUGAAGGUAUGCUUCAUUAUGGUUUCAAACCAGAUUCAGUCACCUUCUUGAGUGUACUGUCAGCCUGCAGUCACAACGGUCUUGCAGAAGAAUGUAUGAAAUACUUUGAAUUGAUGGAAGAUGAAUAUGGCAUAUCCCCCUGGAAAGGACACUAUGCUUGUGUUAUCGAUACAUUAGGUCGGGUGGGACGUUUUGAUAAAGUUCAGAAAAUGUUGAGUGUGAUGCCGUUUGAAGAUGACCCAAUCAUUUGGAGCUCCAUUCUUCACUCGUGCAGGAUCCAUGGAAACCAGGAUUUAGCUAGAGUGGCAGCUGAAAAGUUGUUCAGUAUGGGAUCCACAGACGCGACACCUUACGUUAUACUGUCCAACAUAUAUGCAAAGGCCGGUAAAUGGGAAGACGCUGCCCGUGUUAAAAAGAUCAUGAGAAAUAGAGGACUUAGGAAAGAGUCAGGUUACAGUUGGGUUGAAGUCAAACAAAAAAUCUACAGCUUUUCUUCAAAUGACCAAACUAACCCGAUGAUAUCCGAGAUGAAAGAAGAGCUAGAGAGGCUGUACAAAGAGAUGGAUAAACAAGGAUAUAAGCCCGACACUAGCUGUGCCUUGCAUCAAGUGGAUGAUGACUUAAAGUUGGAGUCAUUGAAAUACCACAGCGAGAGAUUGGCCAUUGCAUUUGCUCUGAUUAACACCCCACUAGGGAGGCCAAUUAGAGUUAUGAAGAAUCUAUCUGCUUGCCUAGACUGCCAUGCUGCAAUCAAGAUGAUGUCAAAGAUUGUGAACAGAGACAUAAUUGUAAGAGAUUCAAGCAGGUUUCACCAUUUCAAGGAUGGAGUUUGUUCUUGUGGAGACUAUUGGUAGGGAUUACGCUUUCUUGUGCAAAUGAAGGAUGCACACUGAACAUGCUGACAAACAACUAAGGAUUGUAAGAGCACAUCUAUCAGAUAUUUUGGUGGCCUCAAGCCCCCAACCCUCUGCGUCGUCCGGGUCCGCUGUGUGUGCUCCCGUCCGUGUUGCCAAGGGACGCCUCCUCCUGCCAUGCUCCUGUCCAAUAUUUUGUUUAUGGAAAAAUUUCUUACCAUCGCCUCACCUAUUUGGACAAUUAGGUGAGCUCUACAAUUUGGUUCUGUAUCCGUAAGAGGGAACAUAUCGUGAGUUAGUCAUGCUACCAUAGUAACAUAAACUCUUACUCUGUAGUUACAAUCCCUAAAUUGUGUUGAAAUUCAAUGCUAAGCAAAUGGAAGAUAACAGUUUGUACCGGCAAACGGUCAAUUACAGUACUUUGCCCCACUAAAAGAGAGGGAUAUUAUCUUUGUCCAUGGUGCAUCUUGUUUGCAUUUUCCCGUGAUAGAAACGGGUGCAUUUCAUUACAUUUUUCCAUGCUGGAUUUUAGAUACGAUGUUGAUGCCUACAAUUCUUUUUACUGAAUUUAUGUGGCAGAUGAGAACUGAUACAUUACUGCCCUCAGUCCUUUUGCUUUUAUGUAUAUUUAGGAACAUGAUACUACACUUGAUCUUUUCGCAAAAUAAAAACUGUUUGCGACAGAGAUGAUGCCUAUGAUUUUAGUCAGCUAAUGCUGAUGCUAUAUGGGAUUUUGUUUGUAUUGAAGGAACUGUGUACAUAAUGAACCAUAUAUAUUACUUAUCCAGUGAUGUAUGCUCAUUACUAAUCCAAUGUGUUGUUUUCUUGUGAUGGAAACUGCUGCAUUUGUUGUCCAUUUUGCCAUCGUGAGCUUCAGAUAACUACUUUGUGUGCAAAUAUGCCAAUGGAUAACAUCCUCUGGAUUAACAAGUUCCUGUGUGCUGCUGCUCUUACUAUCUGCCUGGUAGGCUGGUCUGACAGUGCUAUUGAUGUCUUUUUCCUCUGGAGUACCAAGAAAAAUAGCAGAUCAUCCCUGCAGUAGAAGCCAUGCAAGCGCCAUGUAAAAUGGUUUUCAAUCGGAACCGAAGCCAUCUAUUGGAAGUAACAUCUGUAGGGACUGAACCUGUAUGCCACUCCCAGUAAUAUAGAGGGAAGGCAAUAACAACAUUGUUUGUUGUUGGCUUAUAAUGGUGCAGGUAACUGGCCAAGCUACUUCGCUCACUUUCGCUAUCUUUUGCGGGGCCUUCUGUGUGUCGUUGUUGUCAUUCUGGGCCUUACUGCUUGGAGGGGGGUCAGGGGCAUUUUCUGCACAUGAAGAGGGGCGUCUGUGGGGGUAUUGGCGAGAAGUAGGUAAGAGUUGACGACAUCGAUUAUGCGUGGUCACCCCUCACUCACCACUCACCAGCAGACAGACAGGUGAAACGGAGGAUAAGGUCUGCGACAACAGACAUGGC